AUCGGCAUUGAUGUAAAGGAAUUACGUUAUCCAGAUUUCGUCUAUUACACAAAGUAUAAUCGAUGUUGUCUAUAAUUUUAUUAUUAAGAAAAUGAUAACAACCUGUCAUCAAAAUACAUUUUCAAAGGUAAUUUCGGAGACACAUUUUGCGCUAAUAAUAAGUGUUCAUUCUGUAUAACUUAAGGAAUAAGUUUUUUUAGAGGAGGCUGCCAAGGUGUUAAAUGACAACUUAUCAGUUGAAAUGAGGUUCCAAAAAAAGGUAUAUCUGUUACAUGUAGGUUAGAUAUCUGAAGAACAGGCUGCGUUCGUAGGCUCCGGGCGUCUGGACAACUGUUGAACGCAUCUGCCCCUUCAUGUUCCCUGAUGUAUAAUAUAGACGAGCGGGUCAACUCCGAGCCAUUUCUGUCUCGAACGCCGAGCGAGUCAGUCGUUUCGCGCACAGCCGACCCCCGCAACUUACAAUCGUAAACGAUCAUCAUGUGCGCCUUCCGUGUACUGUUAGUGACGAGUUUGUUUGUCUCCAUGCAUGCUGCUGAAUUUAAAGUCAAAGAAGAACUGCAGGCCAUCGCUGAACAGGUUGCAAUAUUGAAGAGUCUUCAUGUUGCAGAGGUGGGCCAAAUACGUAAAGAACUCGACGACGUGAGACAAGUCGCCGCAAUACACACGACGAGUAAUCAUGACCGCAACGAACGCACCACUCUGCAAUGGGCCAAACGUUCCAUGGAAGAGAUUCGAGUCGAAAUGAGAGAGCUCAGCGAAAGCGUCAAUAACUCUGAACUUCUGCGACAAUUGCAUGUCAUUAGGAACGAGUUGAAACAGGCUCUAAUGGAGACGUCGGACCUGGCGCAAUUAGCAAGGACUCAGGAGGCAAGAAUUGAUAAAUUGGACAACGAAGUCGGCCGUAUCAAGUACGAAGAACAACAGAUGAGGACAAUGGUUGCCGAGCAACGCACGCAUAUAAGCAAGCUUGCUAAAGAGGUAAAGGCUAAACAGUUUGAAGAAAUGAACUCUGGAAACGAUGUGCUGGAACCGCAUGAGAACAGGGUUGGUGAGCUGAAGCCGGUGUACAACCACAAGUACCGCCAUAACAAAAUGAUCCACGCUCAGAUCUCGCGCCUGGCUCGCAGUCAGGACCAGCUCGAUGAGUACCAACAGAGCCUGCAGACCCAGCUCCUCGACGUCCAGCGCCGCCUCGACCGCUUCGAAGAACCCAACUGGAAUCUCCUCUCAGCCAAAGUCGAGUUCCUCGAACUGGAGAACAAGGUCAUCAACAACCAACUGAAAAACACCACCCAAAAGAUCUCUGACUUCGACAAAGUCCAUGCUUCCAUCCUAGAACUGCGUGAAGACGUCGAGAGCAUUGAGAACAAGGCUGAUAAGACUAUCCCUGAAUUCCGCAAGGAGAUAUCGAAGUUGGAUGUGAAUUACGCUCAGUUGAAUGCUCAGUCCUCGUACCUGAAGGAAGACCAGGAAAACUUGCGUCAGUCGGUGAAGGCUAUCGCCGUCAGUGUGAGCAACGCUAUUGACCGCGCUGAGAUGGACCGCCUUUCGAUGAAGAAGAUCAACGAUUCGAUUGAUGAACUUGAAACUCGAUCCCGUCAGCACUUCUACAGGCUGAACGACCAUAUCCUAAAAAGUGAAGCCAACGGGGACUACAACCAGACCGAGACCAUCCCUCUUCCUGAGCUGAUGGGAGAAGUGAAGGAAUUGCAGCCGGUACAACGUGAGUACGAGGACCUUGUCAACCAGCUUCCACGAGACUGCUCCAGCAUUUCAGGACCCGCUGGCGUGUAUUUGAUCCAUCCCGGCCAGGCACCCUUCGACACCUGGUGCACCAACGGCAGCACUCUAGUGCAGCGUCGCUACAAUGGAAGCAUCGAAUUCAACAGGAAGUUUGCAGAAUACGUCCACGGUUUCGGUGAUCCUUCCUCUGAAUACUGGCUCGGAUUGGAAUCCAUGCACCUGCUGACCGCUGACAACUGCUCCUCCAUGCGCAUCGACAUGACUGACAUCUACGGCGGCUUCUGGUAUGCUCAGUACGAACACUUCCACGUGGGCAGCGCCGACACUGGCUACGUAUUGGAGGUCAGCGGUUUCAAGGGUAACGCUAGCGAUGCAUUUGAGUACCAGAACCACAUGGAGUUCUCGGCUAUUGACCGCGAUAGGGACAUCUCUAACACCCACUGCGCCGGUAACUACGAAGGAGGCUGGUGGUUCUCUCACUGCCAGCACGUCAACAUCAACGGCAAGUACACCCUCGGGCUGACCUGGUUCGACGCCGCCCGCAACGAGUGGAUCGCCGUCGCCACCAGUGAGAUGCGCAUGUACCGCAGACCCGGCUGCUCUUAAAUAAGCACUGCUUAUCCGGAGCUUUUAAUCAUAUUAUUCUAAUUAGUAAAUUUCACGAUACGUAAUAUAAAUGUUAUUUCACUUUUCAAUCAUACCAAAGAUAUCAAUAUAAGCAAGGGUACUUUAUUUGAUUAGAUUGAAUAGACGGAUUUAAAACUAGGAAGUUUUAUAGACAGUAUUACAUAUCUACACCAAUAUACUUAUUAUAUAGCUAUGUAUAACUUCAAUGUAGAUUCCAUCUUAAGAGUAACAUUCCAUGUAAUAUUAAGUUGGUUAAUUUAAAUUUAUGUCAGGCUUCGUAUUUUGUAUUAUUUAAAAUUUUCGAUUAGGUUAUUUUUUCUUUGUAUUAUUUUUCGCGAGAGAAGAAAGCGAUGAACAUUUGAGUUUAUCUUAAACCUAUGAGCAGCCCGAGAAGUGUACUUAUGUCAACGGUACCUACCGUUUUAUAUUAAAGAAGUUUUGAGCGAGUGUGCCACUCGUACUAGAGAAAUCUUCACUAACCCGGGUUUUGCGCUGCGCUCGUGCACUGUCUCCUUUUUUGUUUAUAUACCUACGUUACAUUCUCUUAUAAGUUGUUCUUUAUUAAAUGUAGUAUCACUUUGUAAAUAAUAUUUUGUAAAAGGCUAAGAUGCCAUAUAAUUUCGCAUGCCAGUGUUAGUCAAGUGAAUGUGAAUGAUUUUAAUUAUUUAAGCGAUUACAUUUUAAGUAUCUUUCUUUGAAAGCAUUAAAUGCUUUCGAAAGACUUCUUCGAUAUUAUUAAACGAUGGCAGGCGAAUAACUUUGAUUAGCGAGACGAUUGUUUAUUUGCCUUAUUAUAAGUUGUAUUAAAUUAAAUUUUUAUAUUAAUUUAUUUCAUCAUGAUUUGACAUUGUAAUUAUAGUAAUUUUUCAAAGAAAUGAAGAGUUUAAGACUGUCUGCAGAAAGUUCAUUUUUGGCUUUCAAUACGUAACAUUAAAACUUACGAGAAACUAAUUUAAUUUAUUUAUAUUUGAUUGGCACAAAUGGAAACUCAAUACUGUUUAUCAAUAAUAAUCUUAAUAAUUAGAAUAAAAUUGCAUGUAACCGUAUAGAAAAUGUAUACUCACCAUUAUUCAAAUUAAUCUGUUUAAAAUUAAUAGUACUAGUUACACAUAUAUACGAUGUAUGUUCUACCAAUCAAACUUAAACCAAAUAAAGUAAAAAAUAUAAAAAA